GAGGUUCGCCGCUCGUGCCGCACGUGUCAUUCCAGCAGGAUGUCGGCCACCACCACACAGCGCCUGGUGCCUAUCCGGCCGUCGCCACACAAGGGCGUCACUGUCCCAAAGGCCAUGACAGUGAUUACUACCACAGGCUCUCCGGCCACGUUAACGCCGCCCAAGACUGGAGUUAAAAGAAAACUUUCGGACCCAAGUCCUGACCCUAUCAAGUGCAAGCGACGCAUCAACUUCGGCGUCGGGUAUGUGGUGUCGCCAGCGCCCGUGGCAGUGGCACGUCGCAACGCUCGUGAGAGGAACCGCGUGAAGCAAGUCAACAAUGGAUUUGCCACACUCCGUCAACACAUCCCUGGUGCUGCUAAGGCCAAGAAGAUCAGCAAAGUGGAAACUCUGAAACAAGCAGUGGACUACAUUCGAUCCCUUCAGGAACUGCUGGAUGAUCAUGACUCCCUCAUGCACCACACCAACUCCUUAGUAAUGACCUCCCAACCCUCCCCGGCGGUUUCCAGGGCGCCCUCACACCCUUACACAAACGCCGUGGCACCAACCUCAGUCCUUACACAAACACAGUACCGUGUCCUCCCAUACCCUAGUUACUACUACAGCGAAAAUGUGUCCCCCGUGGCCGCGUCAGUGUACCCUAUGAGCGUAUCUUCAGUGUCUCCGACGUGCAGCGACGCCGCGGCCUCACCAACGUCCUCCUAUGAUUCCGCGUUCUCAGCUCCGGAGGCGGCGGCGACGGUGAACAGCAUUACUAGUGUGUUCUCCACCGUGACCACCACCUCGCUCCCCGAUACAAUCGACUCCCUCGACACCUACGACCCAUCCAACACAGCAGAGGACGAGGAGCUGCUCGACGCCAUCGCCCUGUGGCAGCAGUGUCAGUAGCUGAUAAUAAAAAUGGGGAAAUCUAGUCAUGCUUUUCUAUGAUCGUGUACCACUACUACUACUGGUGAGCUCUUCCAGUCCAGCUGCAGCAUCUCAGAGUAUCUGUGAGGGCCAACGCCUUUACGCCUUCUGUUCUCCUUCUGGGGCCUCACAUCUCAGUACCUCCUUCAAGAUCCUGAAGUAGCCUCUAUGGCUUCAGGAAAUCGACAGAUCUCCCGCUACGAUAGUCUCCGGCCGCUGCUGCUGGAGAACCUCGCUCGUAAACUGCCUUCACCAGCACCCCUUCCUCGGGAGGUUCCUGCGGUGUCUACACGAUGUCCCGGCGUUCGCUUUCCUCUUGAGACAGUCGCAGAUUCUAUGAUGUCAUAAUGAUAUCUUGCUGGGAGUCAUUGUCAUGGAUUAUGUUCAUGCAGCGUCCCAAGAUGUCCCGGUGUGUAGAGGAAGUUCCAGGAUGUCCCUAACGCCUCGAAUGAUGUCCACAAAGUCCCGUGACGUCGAGAUGGUCUCCCUGAUACCAACACAGUCCAGCCAUCUCGCGAGAGAAGGAAGGGGGCUGCCCACUUUAUAAUGCUAAUAAUAACCGAUACUGGCAGCCCUCCAUAGCCAACCAACGCCAAGAGGACAAAGACAUCCAGGAUGGAGAGAGAGAGAGAGAGAGAGAGAAAGAGAGAGAGAGAGAGAGAGAGAGAGAGAGAGAAAGAAGAAUAAGCCAAGGAGAAAGAAAUAACCAGGCGGGGUGAAGAGCAAAAGGGAAGAAAAUAAAAAAAAGUACAAACAAGAGAACAAACAGCGUGAACAAACAGCGCCCCCGAGAGAACAAAAGAGGGAACAA